GUGGUAGGCACUCUUCUACAUCUCAGUCUUAAUUUCACACAGCGACAGACCUGGCGGACACUGGCAGCGAAACAGAGGCACGAACUCCCACAAUACUUUUGGAAUUUAACCCGCUUUAUUUCAAAUUCAAUAGUUAAGAGGCAAAUAUGGCGAUUGAAAGCAUGGAAAUGAACGGACAUGCCGACAGAGAGCGCGUAGAAGAGGAGCCGCGUCAAGGCCCCUGGAAUCGGAGGCAGGCAGGCCAGCCUAUAAACAUGAACCGGUAUGCUAAUAAGAAGAGCGCAGCAGAGAGCAUGCUGGACGUGGCGUUACUCAUGGCCAACGCCUCCCAGCUGAAGGCCGUCCUGGAGCAGGGUCCAGACUUCACCUUCUACACCCCCCUCAUCGCCUUCAUCUCCAUAUCCCUCAUCCUGCAGAUCACCGUGGGCAUCCUGCUGAUCUUCAUUGUGAAGUGGAACCUGAACGACGAGAGCACCCACUUCAAGCUGAACAUUAUGGAGAACAUCGCCACAGCCCUCAUCUUCAUCAUCGUUGUAGUCAACAUCUUUAUUACGGCCUUUGGUGUCCAAAAGCCCAAWCAAAACKCUUAACCGCCCUCACUCCUUACCCYCUGGUCAUCAAUUAUUAUAGUUMURAAKGCAUUAUACUGGUGUUAUAUGCACAAUACACACAUAAUAUGCCAACGUGUACCCUUGGUUGAAACCCUCAAACUAGUGUUUGGUAAUCAGUGUCAAAUUGUCAGGUUACAUGAGUUUAAUAAAUAUAUGUAUUGUA